UAGAGCACCGCAUGGGUUAUAUAGCAUUACUAAUGUUUCAUUCUUUUAUUUUUUGUAAAUUUUCCUUUCCUCUCUCAAUUUUUUCACAAUUCCAUAAUUUAUUUGGGGGGUUAUUUGUUUUCUUCUCCGAUGGCCGCUCCUUACAGAUCAAGCAGGGAAGGAUUAAGCACAAGGUCUGUGGGAGGGGGCGGUAAUCCUGAUGAAAUCCAGCUUCGAAUAGAUCCGAUGCAUGCCGAUUUCGAUGAGGAGGUCACUGGUCUUCGUAAACAAGUUCGACUACUCAAAAAUGUUGCUCAAGACAUUGAGUCAGAAGCCAAGUUCCAGAAUGAUUUCCUCAAUCAGCUGUGCUUUUUCUCUCCUUACCUGUUGUACAGAAGGCUUUUGAGGUUUGACAUCAAGUGCCAAGAUAAAAAGAUAUUUCAGUUGUUAGCUCGAGCUAGAUUACCUUUUCCUUUGGAAAUCAAACAAAUCAAAGUGGUGCCCCAGUUUUACGGAGUAGAAGCAAUAUGGGUCAUAAUCAUAAUUUUACUAAGAAGUUGAAAAUUAUCCCAUGUGAUGAAUUAUCUAGAAUUCCCGGAGUUUAGGGAUUCGUAAUUGUACUUUUUCCAAAACGAGUAUCCUCCUUGAAUACUUCUGUUAUUGGGAUUAUUCGAUCACGUAAUUUUUCUGGUUGACUAAGGUGCCAUUUCUGUCAUAUAUAUUAAUCCCUGCAUUUUACAAAAUUAGAUGCAACAUAUAUUGGGUUGUCUUGUUAAGGACAUAAAGAGCUCCUCUAAUUCUGGCCU